AUGGCAGAGGCAAUCUACAAGAAAGAAGAGGACUCCUUCACGUGUCCAGUCUGUCUAGAUCUGCUGAAGGAUCCAACCCAGAGGAGAUUCCAGCAGAGAAUCCAGGAGAGAGAGAAGGAGCUGCAGGAGCUGAGGAAGGCUGUGGAGACUCUCAAGAGCUCUGCACAGACAGCAGUGGAUGACAGUGAGAGGAUCUUCACUGAGAUGAUUCGCUCCAUUGAGAGAAGGUGCUCUGAGGUGAAAGAGCUGAUCAGAGAUCAGGAGAAGGCUGAGGUGAGUCGGGCUGAAGGACUCCUGAAGCGACUGGAGCAGGAGAUUGCUGAGCUGAAGAGGAGAGAUGCUGAGCUGGAGCAGCUUUCACACACAGAGGAUGACAUCCAUUUCCUCAAGACUUUCCAGUCAGUCAGUGAAGCACCUGAGUCUAAAGACUUAUCCUGCAUUACUGUGAACCAAGGCCUCUCUUUUGAGGCUGUGAAGAAAUCUGUCUCCUCACUAAAGACGCAGCUGGAGAAUUUCUGCAAAGAGGAAGUCAUGAAAAUAUCUGCAUCAGUGACUGAAGUCCAGGCUAUGUUGCCUCCUGAACCUACAACCAGAGAGGAUUUCCUACAAUACUCCUGCCACUUCACACUGGAUCCAAACACAGCACACAGAGAACUCCAUCUGUCUGAGGGGAACAGGAGGGUGGAGAGGAGAGAUGAGGUCCAGUCAUAUCCUGAUCAUCCAGAGAGAUUUGAUGUGUGGGAGCAGGUGCUGUGUAGAGCGGGUGUGUCUGGACGCUGCUACUGGGAGGUUGAGUGGAGUGGGGAGGUUUAUAUAUCAGUCUCAUAUAAAAGCAUCAGCAGGAGAGGAGUGGGUCAUGAGUGUGUGUUUGGAUGUAAUGAUCAGUCCUGGAGUCUGCUCCUCUCCCCCAGCAGCUCCCUUUUCUGGCACAAUAAUAAAGACACUGAUCUCCCUCUAGUGGCCAGCUCCAGAAUAGGAGUGUAUGUGGAUCACAGGGCAGGAACUCUGGCCUUCUACAGCAUCUCUGACACAAUGACCCUCCUGCACAGAGUCCAGACCACAUUCACUCACACACUCUACCCUGGGUUUAGGCAUUAUGAUUCUGGAUCAUCAGUGAAGCUGCUGUGA